CUAUAACUAUCCUCUGUUAUCUGAAAUGUCUCUUUCUUUUCUUUUUUUCAAAUUUCCCUCUCAGCUUUCUUAACAAGAAAAUGAAUCUCUAAAUCUGUGCAUCUACUACUACAAUUUUCCUAUAAAAAAUAACUUAAUUCCUCUUUCUGCUUGAAAUAUUAUCAAAAAAUCAUGUAUAAACCCAGAAAUUUGAUUGAAAUAAGCUACUCUUUUACAGUUUGGGGUUCAAAUUAUUUGCUAAGUAAUGAUCAUGGUCGCCUUCUGAACCGUCCAUUCCUUUCAAGAACAUAUUUAAAACCCAAGAAACAGAUUCCAUUGCAAAUGAAAUCAGAACCCCACUUGGAAAAACAGUCCAUUUUUAGCUGCAAUAAAAUGAUUAUGAAUUUAGGACGUCAAGGCAAAGUUAAAGAAGCACGGCAGUUGUUCGAUGAAAUGCCUCAAAGGGAUGUUGUUUCUCAUGCUUCGAUGAUUACUGUUUAUCUAAAACACAAGGAUAUUCCUAAAGCCGAGAGAUUGUUUUAUUCCAUGCCUGAGAGGAGUGUAGUGUCUGAUUCGGCUAUGGUUCAUGCUUACGCGAAAGCUGGGAGGAUCGAUGAGGGUCGGAGAAUCUUUGAUUUGAUGCCGGAUAGAAAUGUUUACGCGUGGACCAGUUUGAUUUCUGGAUAUUUUCAGAACCGUAGAGUGGACGAGGCUCGAAAGUUGCUUCAACAAAUGCCUGAGAAAAAUGUGGUUACGUGGACUACAGCGAUGGUGGGGUAUGCUCAAAAUGGUUUGAUUGCUGAGGCGCGAAGUAUUUUUGAUCAGGUUCCUGAGAAAAAUGUCAUUGUUUGGACGGCUAUGAUCAGGGCGUAUGUUGAAAAUCAUCAAGUCGAUCAAGCUCUUGAGCUAUUCGAUAAGAUGCCAGAACGUAAUUUGUAUUCUUGGAAUGUUAUGAUUCAAGGCUGUUUAAAUGAUAACAGGGUGGAGAAAGCUUUGGAACUGUUUAAUGCAAUGCCAUGGAGAAAUAUGGUUUCUUGGACAACUGUCGUUACUGGUCUUGCACGAAAUGAGAUGAUAGAAAUGGCAAGAGAGUACUUUGAUCAAAUGCCAAACAGGGAUCCUGCUGCAUGGAAUGCUAUGAUAACAGCUUAUGUUGACGAAGGCCUAGUGGCUAAGGCCAACGAACUUUUCGAUUCGAUGUCUAAUAAAGAUCUUGUAAGUUGGAAUGUAAUGAUUGAUGGGUAUGCUAAAAGUGGCCUUGAAGGUGAAGCCUUAAAGCGAUUCAUUCUUAUGCUUCGAUCGGGCUUAAGGCCGAAUCCGACUACUCUUACCAGUGUAGUGACCUCAUGUGGGGGCAUCCUGGAAUUAAUGCAAGCUCAUGUUCUUGUUUUGCUUCUAGGAUUUGACCAAGACACUUCACUUGAUAACGCUCUUGUCACUAUGUACUCCAGAUGUGGAGAUAUAAACUCAUCAUUGAUCGCUUUUGAGAAUCUCAAAGUAAAGGAUGUUGUUUCGUGGACGGCAAUAAUACUGGCAUAUGCUAAUCAUGGUCUUGGUAAACAAGCAUUGCAAUCCUUCGCGCAGAUGUUAAAGUCCGGUAACCAGCCAGACGAAAUCACUUUUGUGGGACUCUUGUCAGCUUGUAGUCAUGCUGGUCUUGUUAAGAAAGGUCAAAAGCUCUUCGAGUCAAUGAGGCAUGCCUAUGGUUUAGAACCGAGAGCGGAACAUUAUUGUUGCCUUGUUGACAUUUUAGGUCGCGGUAAGUUAGUUGAUGAAGCUAUAAGGGUGGUGCAACGGAUGCCUCCUGAGGAACGUGAUGCUGCUGUUUUAGGGGCUUUACUUGGCGCUUGUAAGUUGUAUGGAGAUGUUGGAGUAGCUAAUCAGAUCUGCAAUGAAAUAGUAGAGCUUGAACCGGGUAACUCAGGGGCUUAUGUACUAAUGGCAAACACUUAUGCGGCUUCUGGGAGAUGGGGUGAUUUUGCGCAAGUAAGAAAGAAAAUGAAGGAGAGGAAAGUGAAAAAGGUACCCGGUUUUAGUGAAAUAGAAGUCAAUGGGAAAAAUCACAUAUUUUUUGUGGGAGACAAGUCUCACCCUGAGAAAGAGGAGAUUUACACACUUAUUAAAGAAAAUCUAUUGCCUCUAAUGCAAGAGAAGAUGAUUUAGAUGAAUCAAAGGGAUGCAUUGAUAACCAGGGAUUGAAGAAUUUAAUUUGAACUAUUCGCUAAUGUAAGUUCUAAAGCUCAAUGCAGAAAGGCGACCAGGUCAGGUGACUAGAUUACACUCCUAUUCAAAUAUUAGUUCACUCUGUCCACUCUCUAGCCCAUUCAAUUGCUCAUGUGUGAGCUAGAAGCCCCUAUACAGGUUCGGCACCAGCUGAGGGUAAACUUUGGGACUCAUUAUCCAUCAAGUUUCAAACCAUGCACCAGCUGACUCCUCGAGAAGGAUUUUUUUUUUUUGGUUAUACUAACAAAAUUCACAUGUAAACAUUUCUUUGUUGAUGCAAUAGAAAAUCACAUAUGUACAUUUCUCUAUCAUAAAUUCUUGUGUGUAAACGAGUUAAUACUGUUUUGUUCUCUGUUGUGCAUAUAAA